AGCUUCUUUCCAAACGUAGACCGUUGUUAUGGCGAUGUCAGAUCUUUGAUAAGAGCACAAGAUGGCGGUUGUGUUGUGGUGCCUGUGGUACUUUUUUGUGCUAAUUUGUCAUAAUGUUCAGGUUGUUUGUCACAGUUUCGAUUACUGAGAAACUCACGAGGCGAGAUUUGUAACGUGGUCGUAGAUUUAGUCGCUAUCGACGUGACUAGCUAGCAGUUGGCUAGCUUGCGUUAACGUCAUAAGUCAACGUGAGCGAGCUGCUAGCUCGAGAGGGGGGAGCUAUCACUUUCUCAACUCACAUUUCAAACAAAAGCUGACUAAAGAGAUUAAAUACUGAAACGUUCACCAAACUACACACGCACCAAUGGGUUUUUAAUGGGUUUUAAACGCGCAGAAGAUGAUUGCAGUAUGUUUCAUAAUCAUUUAGUGACUUUGAAAAAGUUUCUUGCGCUGACAUUGAAUCCAGUGGAAGUGAUUGUCGUGAGGACGGUGUACCUCAUGCUUGUAUUGUGUGACAUGUUGGUUCACGCAGGAGUGGCUUCUCGCGCAGUAGGAUGGCCUGACGAUGCCUCCAGUAAUUUCUUUCUUCAGGUUAUGCAAUCACGGGACUGUCCACAAUCCGUAAAUGUAAUUGCUUUUUGCUCAGCGGUUUUGAUUAUUUUAUUUGAGAUGGAAUGUCACGGCCAUGUGCCUCAAAGCAUUGGUUGCCAUGGCAACGUCUGGAUACUCCGAAGACCUUCAGCCUCAGCAGGCCAACACAGUAACCAUAGCAACACCUGCUUCCACCACACCCUCAUCCGCAAAGACUGCACACUUCCUGUCUGAGAUCCCACCAGCCUCUGGAACCGUUUCGUCAGCUAACCAGUCAACUGCUGCUUCUAAAACUGGACAGGAUGCACUUUGUUCUCAGGCUCCGCCCACCCAAGCCCAGAGCCAGAAGGCGGUGGUUCUGACUACUCCCACACAGCACUACGUGAACCCUAAUCUUCAGCCUUCUCCAGUCCAGAAGAGUAAUGGUCAAAGCAGCUCACCUCAGUACAUCAUAGUAACAAUUCCAGAUGACUCCGUGCCCUCCAGUGACAGUUUGUCAGACUCCAGCCCGCCCGCCCCUGGUGUACCUACUCAGGUGGUCCAAUCAGUGCAGACCACCCCACAGAGGUCAGUGUUGCAAGCCGUGUCUCAGGCAGCCAAGAGGAAUCAGACAGGCCACGUCAACAAUCUGCAGUCUGUGCAUAUAAGCCCAGAGGUGGAGCAUGUGUACUCUGGCCAGGUCCAAUAUGUGGAUGGAGCAGGAGAUGCAACUUUCACCACACCCACCAUUCGACCGAACAAUUACCCCUUCUCCGAGUCGCCCCUGUAUUCCCAGACACCUCCUACGUCUGCCACCACCUUCUACGAGGCCACGCCCAGCUCUGAGUCAGACAUCACUGGAUCUGUGACUUCACAGCCAGUUUCUGUGGCAACAGCAGGAGCCAGCAGCACAGCAGCUGCUGCAGGUGGAGGUGGUUACGUUAUUCAAGGAGGUUAUGUCUUAGGAGCAGGAGGAACUCCAACAGCAGGUGGUGGAGGAGGAGGACAGAGUUACUCCAGCCCCAACUCUCGUGCCCCACCUGCUACCGUGCAGUGGCUCUGUGAUAAUUACGAGGGGGCUGAGGGCGUGAGUUUACCUCGCUGCACCCUCUACUACCACUACCUGCUCCACUGCCAGGAGCAGAAACUAGAACCUGUUAAUGCUGCAUCUUUUGGAAAACUCAUCAGGUCUGUCUUCAUGGGGCUGCGUACACGGAGAUUAGGAACCAGAGGGAACUCUAAGUACCACUACUAUGGUCUGAGGAUCAAAUCCGGGUCACCUCUUCUCAGACUGAUGGAUGAACAACAGCACAUGGCGAUGAGGCAGCAGCCUUUCUCACAGAAAAACAGGGUAAAGCCAGUUCAGAAGUCACAGGGGAUCGCCAACGGCACUGCAGGCGGGAUAGGUCAACAACAGGGCUCGACACUUUGUGACAUUUCGGCCCAGGUGCACCAGUACCAGCAGUUCCUAGAGGCAUCAAAGACAUUGCCAGACUUUGUGGAAAUUGAUCUUCAAGAUCGAACCCUGCCCGAUGGGAUCCUUUUAGAGCACCUCAAGGCCUUUCAGACUCUGUACAGAGAACACUGUGAGGCUAUUCUGGAUGUGAUGGUCAACCUUCAGUUCACUCUCGUUGAGACCUUGUGGAAAUCAUUCUGGAGGUUUAGCCAGAGCAAUGAUGCAGAAUCACUCAACCUACACAACGAGUCUGAGAAGCGACUGCCCAAAUCGUGCCUGGUGGUGUUGUGUAAGUUUGAGCCAGUGCUACGCUGGACAAGAGAGUGUGACAACCUGCUCUACCAGACUCUGGUGGAGAUCCUCAUCUCCGAUGUACUGAGACCCAUUCCAAGUGCCUUAACUCAGGCCAUCCGUAACUUUGCCAAAAGUCUGGAAAACUGGUUGACAGGUGCCAUGAUGAACAUCCCAGAGGAGAUGGUUCGCAUAAAGGUGGUGUGCAUUGGCUCUUUCUCCCAGACGCUGCGUCGUUACACCAGUUUGAACCACCUGGCUCAGGCUGCCCGGGCCGUCCUCCAGAACUCAGCUCAGAUCAACCAGAUGCUCUCCGACCUCAAUCGGGUUGAUUUCAAUAACGUACAGGAACAGGCAUCCUGGGUUUGUCAGUGUGAAGACCGUGUGAUCCAGAGGCUGGAGCAAGACUUUAAAGCGACUCUGCAGCAGCAGAACUCUCUGGAACAGUGGGCUACCUGGCUAGAUGGUGUUGUGUCCCAGGUCCUAAAGCCCUAUGAGCACAACCCUAUGGCCCUGCCAAAGGCUGCAAAGGUUUUCCUGCUAAACUGGUCCUUCUACAGUUCUAUGGUAAUCCGGGACUUGACUCUGCGCAGUGCUGCAAGUUUUGGGUCCUUUCAUCUGAUCCGCUUGCUGUAUGAUGAGUACAUGUACUACCUGAUCGAGCACAGAGUGGCUCAGGCUAAAGGAGAAACUCCCAUAGCAGUCAUGGCAGAAUUUGCCAGUACUGUCAAGAGCCGGACCUCUCAAGACAUUGAAAAAGAAGAGGAGGAGGAUGACGAUGAAGAUAGUGAGGAGGACAGCGGAGAUUUGGUGCUGCAGUCCAGCUCUCUGAGCGCGGUUGAUGAGGAGAAGGAGGUGAUGGAGCCGCCAGUCAAACAGCCCAGGACAAACAUAAGUCUGCACACGCUCAAUGAGACACACAGCACACCACCUUAGCUAAUCACCUGUACGGUUAGCACAAUGCUUGACACAUGCCUUUGCUUUAAGUUUCAAAUCAUGUCAUCUUGUUCUGUCGCACCACGUGAGCUCCUGGUUUGCAUGUUUGGUCGUCUGUGGUGAAAAAGUGGGAGGGCCUUUUGCCAAAUUUUCUAUGCUGUACUGUUUGUGCUGCAACCUUUAUGUUUGCCUUCACGUGAUCAUUUCACAAUCCUCCCUUUGUUCCCUGUGCCUUCCCUGCCUUUUCAGUGGCUGCUCCUGCUCAGCCUGAAUUAUAUAUACAUAUAUUAUUGAUUCCCUCCCAUCCCGCCUUAACCACUGACCUGAUUGCUGUGGAGAGAUUCAUUGUCCUCUAAACUCAAAUAUCACUUUAAUUACCUUUAACACAAUGACUAUGCAGGGGAGCUGAACUUUUGAAUGAAUGGUAUUGUCUGAAAAAUAUAUUUGUUUAAGAGUAGCAUCUGGAAUGAUACUGCAUCAUGAAUUUUUGUUGGCACAUGGACGUUGAGUGAAAGGUAUUUGGCUUUAUAAAUGCGACUUCUUAUUCAUUUGGCCAACUAACUGAUACGCUGUGCCUUUUGAGAGAUUUCUAGGCUUAAAAAAAGGUUGUGCUCUAUAUAUUCUGUAUCGGUGGUUUAAUAAAUGAACGUCCUGUGAAGUAGUCGUGGUGUUGUCAUGAACUUUUUGUAGCUGUUAAAAGAAAAAAAGGUGAUCGUCUAGUUUUGUGAUGAUUCUGCCUGGUUUGUUGGUCUUCAUCCAUUCGUCAUCCAUCCUUUCUUUCAACAUCAUCAUCAUCUUUCUUUCACACACAAACAUACAGAUGACUCAAGUGCAAACCCCCCCCCCACACACACGCAUUUCAUAGAUACUGUUCAACGCAUGUGUGGGCAACACAAGGCCAAAGCUUUCCCACCUGAUCAGCUCCACAUAUUUUGCAAUCUUUGUACCAGCUAGAUGUACCAGCUAUCUCAAAGUUUUUGUAGUGUAAGAGUAGAUGUUUAUUUUCAGAAAGUGUGUAUGCUGGACGUUUGUAGAUAACUUAUAUUAUGUACCUUUUUGUGAACGACGUAAUAUAUCCAAAAUAUUCGUAUGUUGUUUAACCAUUAUUGCCUUAAUAAGUAUGUCGUGGUAUGUCCACCAGCCAGAGUCUUGAGCUAUAUUUUUAUUGUGAUGAUGGACCAAGCAUGUGAGUAUGGUGACUUAAGAUUAACCCCCUCAAAGAGCACACGCUCAACCAGCAGCAAUGUGUAAGUGUGGGACUGAGGGGAAAAGAAAUAAAAAUAUUGUAAUGGUAGUUGGAUGUCCCUCAGGACCACCUGAUUACAAAGAUGUCACCAAAGAACAUUACAAAGGAGAAAAAAAGUAUGUUUACAUUUAUAUAUAAAUAUAGAUAUGUGAGAGCAGGCUACAAAAUCUGACUCGAAUUAAAGUUAACCGCUAACUGCGAUGUCGUACAAACUGUGCCGUGGAUUCUGUCCCUUGCUUGUGCUGCAGAACCAUUUCUGAACGAGGUUCUUGCUGUUAUUCUGAAGACCUUUGUACUUAAACCUGUGAUCAACGUUUGUAGCUUUAUUCUCACUGUUACAACUAAAGAGAUGUGAUUGCUAUCAAAA